AUGAGCGCUGCAAUCGUAUUGAACGGCCAAAACAGCGCUGGCAGCUGCAAUAUCGACGCACAGGACACGCGUCCAGAAUGCAGCUCUGGCAGCGUGUGUGUGGAGCGGAACGCUUCUCCACUUGCCACGUACGACCCCUCUUUUUAUCCAACACCAUCCCCGCAUUCUGCCUUAACCGGGUAUUCCUCUCUUCCACCUCGGCCCGCCGCGCUCGUGUUGACCGGGUCUGCCAAGGCGACUACAUGCAUGGUUGCGGUUGAAGCCGUUCCUCUUCGACGCAUCGAACCACCUGCGCAUGGUUCGUCCACCCAUACAACCAUCCCGCAUAGACGCAGUCUCGACCCCAGCACGCCGAUGGUGACAUCGCGCGAGCCUGCGGGCCUUCGCACACGGCAGCAACCCUCGCCACUGCAAAAACGCACGUCGUACCGUCUCAACACCGCGUUCUUCUUAUUUGGCCUGCUCAACAAUGCGCUCUACGUCGUCAUCCUCACCGCUGCACUAGAGCUGCUUCCCCAAGGCGUACCCACGGGGCUGGUGAGCUUUGCCAACAUCUUUCCCGCGCUGAUUGCAAAGGCCGUUUGGCCGUACCUCCUGCGCGGGAGGGUGCGAUAUACCCGCCGCGUAUGGUCGUGUGCAGGGCUCAGCUUCGUAGGCAUGUUGCUCGUCUCGUUCUUCCCCGCCCUCACAAUGCGUCUACUCGGCAUCUCGCUCGCGUCGUUCUCGUCCGGUCUGGGCGAGCUGACUUUCUUGCAACUCAGCACGAGGUAUGCUCCCAAGCAUCGAAGCGGCGCGUUGACAGCAAGUGCUGCGGCGAGUGCAGGGAUCGAGACCAACUUCGCGGGAGAUGCGGUCGGAUGGUUUGCCAGCGGCACCGGUGCGGCGGGUCUCGUGGGCGCCGCGGCCUGGUGGGUCGUAAGACCGCUGGGUGUGCAGACGGGUAUGGCGAUACUAAGCAUCCUGCCGGGUUUCAUGGUGCUAGCGUACCUAGCUGUGCUGCCGUCGAUCGAUCAGCUGCUGCACCCAAGUCCAGGCCAAGCGCAAUACGCCCCCAUCUCAACAUCCGACGACGCUACAAGCCCAAGUCGCGAGCAGCUUCACGACGACGAUGAAGACGAAGCUGCGCCCCUCAACGGCGCCCAAGCGGACACCGGCAUUUCAAGCCCCAAAGACGGCCAUGGCGACGACGAUGUCAAGGUGCGCUUAAGUUUCGCGGAAAAGAUGACGCUGCUUCGUCCGAUGUUGCUGCGCUACAUCCUACCGCUGGUCACUGUGUACUUUGCCGAGUAUACGAUCAAUCAAGGCGUAGCACCCACGCUGAUCUAUCCAUUGCCGACAUCGAGCUCGCAUCCGCUGCUGGCGCUGGUGGUCAAAAAGCUUACCGACUACUAUCCGCUGUACCAGCUGGUGUACCAGACGUUUGUCUUUCUCUCUCGCUCGUCCAUAUCCAUCUUCAAGCUUCCUGCCAUCCCUCGCCACCUUCUCUGGCUGCCUGCAGUGUUGCAGACGGCACUUCUGAUGCUACUCGCUUCAGAGAGUUUGUAUGCGUGGUUUAGGCAGAGCAUCGCAAGCCCGCUCGUCAUCGUGCUGAUCUGCAUCGAGGGUUUGGCAGGUGGUGCGGCGUACGUGUCGGUGUUCUACAGCAUCGGUGUGGACGAACAGACCCAUUCAAACCCCAUUGCUCUCCCCUCUGCGACGGACGAUGCCAUUCAAGCGGAAGACGGCGAGCAUGCAUACGAUCAGUCGUAUGCAAUGGCAAAAAAGGCCCAGGAACACGAAUUCCGCAUCGGCUGCGUAGGCUUCGGAGACAGCCUCGGCAUCCUUGCCGCAAGCCUGAUCAGUAUGCCCCUCCAGCUGGGGUUGUGCAACGCCCAAGUCGCCGCCGGCCGCGACCUCUGCAAGCAAGCCUAG